AUGUACAACGGUAUUGGCCUUCCUACCCCUCGAGGGAGUGGGACCAACGGAUAUGUACAAAAAAACUUGGCUUUUAUUCACAGUUUCAAAGAGCAGAAUCCAUAUAAGACAGAUGAUGAUAUUAAGAGAGCGGAUGCUCUGCUUUUCAAGGAACCAAAUAAAGAAAUACUGGAACAUGAACGCAAACGAAAAAUUGAGGUUAAAUGCUUUGAAAUGGAGCAGGAGAUGGAAGAACAAGGUUAUACUCCAGGUGAAAUUGAAUUCAGAGUCAAUGGAUUCCGAAAGAAGUUACUUGAUGAACUGAAGGGCUCUUCUGAGGGCAAAAAGACUCUUAACGUCGAACCCUUCGAAAUUUCACAAUCGGAGCAUGGAAAGCUGCUCCCUAAAGGAACUCAUGAGACCGCCGCUGUUACUAUUUUAAAGAAUACCGUUUUUAAAGAGGCACUUGGUAUUGGUGAGCAAUUUCAGGAUGGAAACUCCGUGGAACUGUCAACACAAAGAAAGAAAGAAGACGCAGAAACGAAGCGUCUCAUUGAAGUACAGAAGGAUAUGAAGUACGUUUGGGAGCCCUUUUCAAAGCUUCCAUGGAAUUGUUUACUGGUUUCUUACUAAUCACGAUCGGUAAUUCAGUGUGAAAAUUUACUUGAGUGCACAGAUUUAUUUACGGUAAGCACAAUAGUGAUGUGCAUAAACUAGAAAAUGUUAUUUCGUUUGCGAAAAAAUCGUAGAUUUCUACGAGGUUCAACUGAAUUUUUUAUAUUCAGAAACCAGAACUGACGAUCUGUAUCAAAUACUAUAAGCCAUCAAUAGUCAGGUAUAUAUGUGUACAACAUUUUCUCUGAUUAGGUCCAGUGGAAUUCACAUUGGUUUUGAAACCUUUCCAGUGAUCUAUGUAUCCUCAUAGUAAGUGGCCCAAACCAAUAAUUCGCGGUCGCACAAUUUACACGUAAGUUAUGUCCCAAAGGUGUGAUUGUCAUCUAAGUAGAAAUGCACUGCAGGUCUAAGACUUUAGAGCUAGUUUUCACUUUUAUCCAGGAUGUUUCAGCAUGCUUCUUUACGAGUUAGGAAGUGGCUAGUUCACUGAAUGUUUAUAUUUUAUUUAAUUAACUGGUUUCAAUUUUUUUUCCAUGGAGAGCUUAGUAAACAUGUUCUUAGUUUACAUGUUCUUACUAUAUGUACUUAGCUAGUAAGUCGUAUAAGUCAUUCUUUAUGAUGUGGAAACUAGUCGGCGUGGUUUAACUAUGAUAUAUCAGGUAUUCAUUCUCUGUCAGGUUGCAGCGCCGGCGCCAACUGUACUUAACUCGAAAGAGGCAUUCAUAUCCAUCCGUUAUAUCUUAUGGCAGUUUCCCUGAAAUGAGUGCUGGGUAAAUACAUUACUUUCCGUGGCAACUCAUAGGCUACUCAAAUCGCACUCAACUAUCUGUGUUCAUUAGUAAAGUAUGUGCUUCGUGCUAACGUGUGACAACUUGUAACUGCACCCACCCCUAGUAGUGAAUCGCUAGAAUUUGUCGGAAAGAUUUCGCACUUAAGCGGCUAUGUAAGUACUGUAGUUUUCACUGAUGAGAUUCCCAAACGUAUAUCGAAAGGCAGAGCGACAAACACUGGUUUGAGUCACCUUUAGUGCUGUCGUGACGUGAACAUUGCUGUAAAGUUUUGGGUAUUCAAUACGUUUGUACGAACAGUUCUUCUCUACACCCGUGAAACAGCCUCCAAGCUUAGGGUGUCCGACGACUCCACCUUUUUCAAUCGCCGGUCUCCGUGGGACUGGUCGCAUCUUGUGAAAACACCAUGUAAGUUAUUUUAAGAUUCGGUGGGGUGUGUUCAUAUCUGAUGGAGAUCGUCAUUCAUUGAACGUGGUCAUACUAAACUACUAACUUCAAUGGGUUGGGCAUGUAUUAUUUAUUUCGUCCUAACGGCUCCCGCUGCUAACUGUUCACUUCCCCUGGGACUAGCUGGAAGAAGGGGAUAGACGGUCAGCUCACGAAGUGAUGCCAUGAGAUGGAUAGUUCUAUUAGUUUAACAUAUCCAGUUACAUUAUUCCCCAGAUAGUCCAGAAUACUAUGCGACUCAUUGAUUUGGGAUGGUAACAUACCGCUCAGAAUCGAAACCAAUGGCUAUCAUGUUCCAGUUCCCUCGCUUCUUUUACUGAAAGGUGAAAUGAAAAGGUUGGAUUCUUUGGAUGGUUUUAAAAGACUCCCUCAAUAGCCCACUUCUGUUUUCAUUUCUGUUCUCCUGUUUUCUGUCUCAAUGCGGCUUUAUCAAUUUGUUUAGUGGAUCUUUUGGCUUACAAGUCAUACCACGCUUUUGUUCUAAGUAAUAAUGAGCACUACUGUUUUGUUCUUGGUCGAACUGCGGCCCAGUAGUUUAAGAUGACUAUCAACCAUCGGGUAGUGGAUUCGAGCCCUACUGCACUUGAUGUGGUUUGAGCAGCCAGGUAGUAUCACUAGCUCUCACACUAUAGGUGUGGCUGAUUGCUUACUGUAAGGAUAUGCAUAAGGUGUCUGAGUGCAUCUGCGUCUGUUGCGUUUUGUUCUUGAACACCCGUGCGCGAGGUAUCAGAUGAGUUUUCUGCCCUGAAUGGUGUUCAUCAAGGGUGUUCGCUCUCUCUAUCCUUGCUUAGUUUUGUCAUGAAUGUGUCUAUGGAGAUUUCGCUCUCCUUAUCUGACUUCUAGGGUUGACCUUGUCACAGGAGACUCCGGCAGACCUAGAGUAUGGAAGUGACAGUCAUGUUAGGUGAUGAAAACAAGGUCUAGUGUUCUGAUCACCUUGAGUAACAAUUUGAGAAUGUUUUGGAUGCGUUCCUCACUACUCAAAUCCAAACCUUUGUUUCAAAACUGCGUUGGCGCAGUGGUGAUUACGCUCGUUUACCUCUUUACUUGGAAAUGGGUAACAAAAAGUGAUAUCAAGGUAGACAAGACUGUAAGAUCACGGAUGGGAAUUUGAAAAUGAAGCUGAGUUAAAAUUUUUAAGCUUUAAAAGACAUCAAAGAAUAAUUGCAUCUGUGCCAUUAUGACCGGUUUCUAGACGUUACUAAGCGUCUCCAACCAGUAAUUCCUACUAACCCGAUGACCCCAAUCCAACAGUCUACAGACACGCAAAGCCAACUCGGAGCCUCACACACACGUGCAGCGCAUCAGCAUGCGCAAGCCACCUCAGUCGGUGAUAGAUUACAGCUUCUGGAUUGACUACCCUUUUUGUCUGGAACCCUCCUAACUUUGUCAUUGCUCACACAGUGUUACCGCCAUACGUGAGCAACACUGCGAAUACACUCGUGAUGAAGAACUUGUAAUCUCCUCAUAUCACCUUUUUUCAACCCUCGUCUCACAGCCGUGUAGUAGGACAGAGUAAACGUAGUGUGGUUUACCAAUCCUUAAAUAGAUAUUCGGAUAUUUCACCGGUGCUAGAGGUCAUGCAAGUUAGCGAAUGCCGAGCGGGCCGUCUCUAUUCGAGCUAAAAUCUUGUCAGCGACUAACUUGUGUGGGCUAAAGUAACUCUUCAAGUAAGUAAAAGGGUUGAUAUAUUCCACCACUUGACUUUUUAUCCUUAAACUGAGAUUAGUUCCAGACCAGCCCUAAAGUAUCAUCUUGCAUUUCAACCAAACACUGUCACUACAUCUCUCCAUCGAUAAAGUCGAAUGUCGCCUUUCGGUCAAGAAACAUGGCGUUGGUAGAUACGCCUGUGUCCCAGAACCUUUCCGAGCAUGGAGAUUGAAUCGAUGCACCCUCGUCCAGGUUUGAAACCUUCCUUGUUUUAGGUACUUUGUUCUAGAGCCCUAGUUAGGAGUCUGAUAAAUAUGAACUCUGGGGUCUUAAACACAACGUUAGUCAAAUUGAUUUCUCCGGGAUAAUCAUAUGAAGAUUUCUCAUUUGUUAAACACUGCAGUAAUCAGCUACGAACCAAAAUAGUUGGACUACUCCUGAUUCCCAUACACUAGUAUAUUCGUUACUCGGAAAUUUUCUCUUUCCGUCACCAAAACUCGAUAAACUGUCAGGUUCUUCUACUUUGCAUAGUUUUAGGUUUCCAACAGCCUUCUCUACGUCAUUUUGAGUUUGUUGGUCGACAUCUGCAACAUAUUCAGGAGACUUCAUCCAUCCAAAUCAACAUAGGACCAG